AUGGUCCAGACAUGGCUCAUUACCGGUUGUUCCAGCGGCUUUGGAGAGGAAUUUGUCCGCCAGCUUCGAGCUGCCGGCGAUAAUGUGAUUGCCACCGGUCGGAACGUUGAGGAAAGGCUGGCUCAUCUCAAAGAGACGGGUUGUGCGAUCCUGGAGCUAGAUGUCACUUCUCCCGAAGAUGUUAUUACUUCCAAGAUCAAUGAGGCGUGGGAAAUCUAUGGGGGCAUUGAUGUCCUUGUGAACAAUGCAGGGUUCUUGGCAAUUGGUGCUUUUGAGGAUACUCGGCAGGAGGAUAUUGAAGCUGCCAUGAAGACAAUGUUUUACGGACCACUCAACAUUACCCGUGCCGCCCUAGGCAAGAUGAGACCGUUAAAUAAGGGUACGAUCCUCUAUGUCAGCUCUUACUACUCUAGACAUGGUGCCGCUGCCGCCACACCCUAUUGCUCGGCCAAGUUUGCCCUCGCAGGAGCUGUUGAGUCCAUUGCUCAUGAGCUCAGCUUCUUCGCGCCCAACGUCAAACUCGUAAGCGUCGAGCCAGGCUUCUUCCACACAGAAGUCUAUAACAAAGCCGUGUGCGCCAAGAACCGCGUGCCAGCUUACACCGAGUUCAUGGAAGUCACUAUGUCGACCCUCCACGAAAACUUUACGAAUGGACCCGGUGACGCAAAGAAGGGCGUUGCUAGGAUGAUUGAUAUCGCAAAGGGGACAGGCUGUGCGGAAGGAAAGACGGUGCCGGUGCGGUUGGUCCUAGGGUCGGAGGCACAGGAGACUUGCAGGAAGGUUAGCCAGGACGCGCUUAAAAUCAUGGAUGAAUGGGAGGAAGUGGCAAACAGCACAGAUCGAGACGACUACGUAAAACCUGUAGCCGGAAAAGCGGAGUAG